AUGCCGAAGUUCAAAGGCGCGAUCUAUCAACUCUCUGUCGCUGCAUUUGCAGUCGCGAUCUUCGGGCUGUGCACCCAGCUUUAUGUCAGAAUGCUGAUGGGGGGCGUUGAAAAGAAAACAAAUGCAGCUAUCUACGAGAACCAAAAGCAGGUUCCCAAUCAUUUACCUGGCGAUUUAUCACUGCCUUCCCUCUACGACGUCGUCCGAAACGAUUCUCGGCUCUCUCGGUUCCAACGUGUUCUAUCCUACUUACCUCCGGACAUAGUUUCGUUCAUAGAGAAAGCCGACGUUGCUCCGACAACACUUUUUGCCCCUAUUGACGAUGCAUUUGCUCAAGAGAGCUUUCGAUGGGACACUUCAGCACUGCUCUGGGUUUUGCUGUCGCUGUAUCAUCAUGUCCCAGGGAAUUUUACCCUCGAUGACCUGAAGGCCCAUGAUACAAUUCCAACUCAUCAUUUUGCGGAUAUAUUUGAGUCUUUUGCGCAGCCCAUAAGCAUACAGUAUUCUAGGUUAAAUACUCGUUUGAAUCACAGAGCAACAAUCGUCGAGUCGGAAGUGAAAGCAAGAAACGGCCACCUCUACUAUAUCGACCGAGUUCUGAUGCUACCAAACUCGACUGCAUAUAUCACACGCAACAGUCCCGAGUUUAGUCUUCUUCGCAAAGGGCUUGAUGAAACCGGUUUGGCAGUCGUCGUCAACGACACUUCAAUCCAUCAUGGUCAAACAUUUUUUGCUCCAUCAAAUGCGGCAUUUAAAAAGCUUGGAAGCAGGGUUAAUGAUUUUCUGUUUAGCCCGUGGGGUAAAACGUGCUUGAGAGCUCUGCUGGAAUAUCAUGUUAUUGCAAAUCAGACACUCUUCACAAAUUCUCAUUUCAAAGCUAAUGGCAGGGGGCCGGGUCUUAUAUAUAUGUCAACAAUGGUAAAACCGCUACAAGUGAAAGUGAAUAUUGUCAAGAAUGGAGAGCGCGGAGCUCUCAUACUCAACGAUGCAAUACCGGUGACUCAGUCUGAUAUUGUGGUUCAAGACGGAGUAAUACACAGAGUCGACGAAUUUCUGUUGCCACCAAAGCCAGAGACCGAAGCUCAGAAUUCUUCUCAUUCUACUCCUGUAUGGAAAAAGAUCUGGUUCAAACUGUUCCGGGCAAAUCAGAUGACUGUGGAAGAGCUUAUGGAAAGGUUUGAACCAUAUAUUGAUCAAUUACAAGACGGAAUUUGA